AUGCGGCAUGGCCGCGGUCCCUACCGCCUCCCACCAUGCCACCCAUCGGAACGAACAAAACCUUGUCACUGUUCUUACCGAGUCGCUCCACGUCAGAGCCUCUCAUACUUCACACCCACCCUCUCUCGCGCGUCGCUCCACGUCAUCCUCCUCAUCAUCGGCACGCUUCUCUCUUCUCUCUCGCUUCCCGGCUCGCGCACUCGCGACGCCGCUGCUCCGCGCCUCGCGCUAGCGCAAGGAGGCGAGGCCGCGUCCCUAAAAUCCGCGUUUCUCGUUGGCGCGUGGUCGGAGGCGUACGGGCUGGGCGGAGACUCUGUGCUCCCCCCUUCCGCCGUCUCCCUUCCCCCCGGCGUGCCUGCUGCGCCGCACCUGGAGGACUGCGCGCGAGUGAGCGCGGAGCGAGAGGCGUGGGAGCGGAGAGGCGCGCGGGGAGAGGAGCCCGCUUGGACCCGCGGGGGCCCAAGGCAGGCGGAUGCUGCUGCUGCCAGUGGUGCUUCCCCUGGGUGCUCGGGGCAAGCGCAGGGGGAGGAGGUCCCGCAGCCGCCAUGGAUCAGAGGGCCCGAUGCAGCCAAUCUGCCACUGACACGUGUCGUGCAGAGAGACAUCUGGCGCAACCAGUUCCCACCUGGGGAUUGCACUGAUAGGCGCCUCCUCGUAGCCCACUGGGCCAAAUCCACGUCGCACGGCGUUGGCUCCCAGAUCCACUAUCUGAGCGCGCUGCUGAGCGUGGCGAUGCGCCACAACCGCACCCUCGUGGCUCAACCUGAUGCCUUUGACCGCGCUCGCACCCCCUCCUGUGAAGCUGCGGGUCACAACAGCCAAUGGGAGUGCUUCUUCUUCCCCCCCGCCUCGUCAGCGUGCCGCCACGUCAUCCAACACGCGCUGAUGCAGAACCUUGAGAACAUCCCCUGGGCCAAGGACGACCCUGCUGACGUGGCAGCACUGGACGAUCCAAUCGUAAUCGUUGGUUACACCAACCCAACGAUGCUUUUCAUGGAAUCUGGAGCGGCAGACCUCUGGGGUGACGCCUACCUGGCCUCGCCCUGCACUGUGCAGCUGAACGGCAAACUCGCAGCUCUUUCUGGACCUCAACGCAAGGUGCAUUGGUGGCGGGCGCAGGCGGUGCGAUUCAUCAUGCGAUGGCCGUCGUUUCAUCUCUGCCACGUCACCAACCAGGAGAGGCACCGCGCCUUCGGCAUGCUCGCAGCCAAUCACGUCGUUCGCUUCCUGCACACCCAAUCAGAAACCCUCUCCUCCUUCUCUCACAGCACCGCCCCUGCUGCUGCCGCCUUUGCCGCUGCCGCUUCUGCCGCACCUAUUGCUCUCAGCGUCCCAGCCAAUGCUACUGACUGGGAGGCAAGGAGGAGAAGAGCGGCAGAUCGGUUGGCGGCUCUAGCUAGUUCCUCCUCCUCCUUCCUCUCAGACGCCACUGGCAGAGCCACAGGGGGCGGUGAGAGUGCCAACGGCUCGGAUGCCAGCUGGUUGCUGGGAGUGCAGGAGCCGUACAUGCCGCGGCCUAUAGUGAGUCUGCAUGUAAGGGGUACGGACAAGUUUGCAGAGAUGGGGCUGACCUCUCUGGACUCCCACAUCUUCCACAUCAACCGCCUCCGCCACCAUGGGCUCGACCUCUCCCACGUCUGGCUCAACACCGAGACUCAGGCCAACGUGGACCGAGCGGUGGCGGAUCACCUCUCCUGGAGUUUCUUCUACUCGUCCAAUGCGCGGCAGCAGGAAGCGGUGGGGGGACUGCGGGAGUAUGAGUGGGCGCAGUCGGUGGCGGUGAGCUUGGCGAGCGUGCUGAUCGCUGCGCAGUGCGAUUACUUCGUCGGCAGCCUCGGCUCCAACUGGAGUCGCCUCAUGAACGAGCUUCGCUCCACCAAUGGCCGGCUGGGUGCUGGAUUCAUUGCUGACAAUGUUGAGGAAUGGUGA